CUGUGGGUUUUAUUUUUUUCUUGCAAUAUGUAUUGCUUUGUUUGAGAAGGUUGUGAAAUACAGAAGGAAGAAUUAUGGAGAGAGAAAGACAUGGGUUUGCCAUUUACUAAUCAACUUGCUGAGCCUUGAUUUCCUCAACUGUAAAAGAGGAAUAAUUAUGCCUGCUUAUCGUGUUCUUAGAGUUGAAUACAGUGAUUGUGUAGAUUACUAUGAAUAGUCUUUGCCAGUUAUUUUGGAUUGUAAUAAAUGUCUAUUCUUUCUAUUCUGUGAGUUUUCAAAAAUAUCCCCAAAUUUCUAUUUAUUAGAUAAUCCCUGAAAAUAGUGUAUUUAAAAUAUCCUUUUAAGGAAAAACUGUUUUUUGUUUUUGUUUUGUUUUGUUUUGUUUUUUGCUUCUUCCACUAUCUUGAGUUCCCAUUAACUUAGCCUAAAGUUGCAAAUAUCCUAAAAUGUUUUUUCUUUUAAUCAUUUACACACACACAAAUAUAUAAACACAUAUGUUCUUCAUUAGUAACAAUUUUUCUCUUAGUGGGGUUAAUUAUUGUAUUUAGUUAUUUCUGAACAUAAAGUUGGUGUCAGUGUACUUCCCAGUUCGUUCCUACCUCUUUAUUUCUGAGCUCUUUGAUUUUCCUUUGAUGGAAGAGCAUACGUUUGAACAGUUUGUAUAUAAUAUACUUCUGGAAUGGUGACAUUUUCUAACACUUUACAGCUCUGAGGAUAAUUUAUUGUGACCUUUGUACCUGGAGAACUAGGAUGAAGUAUGAAGUUCUUAGAUCCUAACUUUUUCCUUUCAAUUCUCUCAAAGUCAUUACUUCAUUGUCUUCCGGCAUUUUAUUAUUGCAAUGGAGAAAUCUGAGGUCAAUCUGCUUUUAGUUCCUCUGAAAUAACCUAUUUUUUUCUGCUUGUAUGCUUAUAGGAUUAUAUCUUUAUCCUUGAAAUUUAAAAACCUUUGCCAGGACAUGUCUUGGUGUUGAUGAUCUCUGUCGAACCUUGUCAGUCUCCAGUCUCAGUAUAAUGAGUAUGAUGACUCUCACUGUACAUAAGUCUUUAUGCACAUCUCUGAUAUUUCCUUAGGAUAAAUGAGGAGCUGAUUCUUAAUCCUGUCACAUUGAAUGGACAGCAAAUUAUGGAUGAGCCUAUGGGAGAGGAGGAGAUUAAUCCACAAAGUGAAGAAGGCAGCAUCAAAGAAAUUGCAAUCACACAUCAUGUGAAGGAAGGGCAUGAAAAAGCAGAUCCUUCCCAGUUUGAGCUUUUAAAAGUAUUAGGACAGGGGUCAUUUGGAAAGGUUUUCUUGGUUAAAAAAAUCUCAGGCUCUGAUGCUAGACAGCUUUAUGCCAUGAAGGUAUUGAAGAAGGCCACGCUGAAAGUUCGUGACCGUGUUCGGACAAAAAUGGAACGUGAUAUCUUAGUAGAAGUGAAUCAUCCUUUUAUUGUCAAGUUGCAUUAUGCUUUUCAAACUGAAGGGAAGUUGUAUCUUAUUUUGGACUUUCUCAGGGGAGGAGAUUUGUUUACACGCUUAUCCAAAGAGGUGAUGUUCACAGAAGAAGAUGUCAAAUUCUACUUGGCUGAACUUGCACUUGCUUUAGACCAUCUACAUAGCCUGGGAAUAAUCUAUAGAGACUUAAAGCCAGAAAAUAUACUUCUUGAUGAAGAAGGUCACAUCAAGUUAACAGAUUUUGGACUAAGUAAAGAGUCUAUUGACCAUGAAAAGAAGGCAUAUUCUUUUUGUGGAACUGUGGAAUAUAUGGCUCCAGAAGUAGUUAACCGGCGUGGUCAUACUCAGAGUGCUGACUGGUGGUCAUUUGGUGUGUUAAUGUUUGAAAUGCUCACUGGUACACUACCUUUCCAAGGAAAAGAUCGAAAAGAAACAAUGACUAUGAUUCUUAAAGCCAAACUUGGAAUGCCACAGUUUUUGAGUCCUGAAGCACAGAGUCUUUUACGAAUGCUUUUCAAACGAAAUCCAGCCAACAGAUUAGGUGCAGGACCAGAUGGAGUUGAAGAAAUUAAGAGACAUUCGUUUUUCUCGACCAUAGACUGGAAUAAACUAUAUAGAAGAGAAAUUCAUCCACCUUUUAAACCUGCAACCGGCAGGCCUGAAGAUACAUUCUAUUUUGAUCCUGAAUUUACUGCAAAAACUCCCAAAGAUUCACCUGGCAUUCCACCUAGUGCUAAUGCACACCAGCUUUUUCGGGGGUUUAGCUUUGUUGCUAUUACCUCAGAUGAUGAAAGCCAAGCGAUGCAGACAGUGGGUGUACAUUCAAUUGUUCAGCAAUUACACAGGAACAGUAUUCAGUUUACCGAUGGAUAUGAAGUGAAAGAGGAUAUUGGAGUUGGCUCAUACUCUGUUUGCAAGCGAUGUAUACAUAAAGCCACGAACAUGGAGUUUGCAGUGAAGAUUAUUGAUAAAAGCAAGAGAGAUCCAACUGAAGAAAUUGAAAUUCUUCUCCGUUAUGGACAGCAUCCAAAUAUUAUUACUCUGAAGGAUGUAUAUGAUGAUGGAAAAUACGUGUAUGUAGUAACAGAACUGAUGAAAGGAGGUGAAUUACUGGAUAAAAUUCUUAGACAGAAAUUUUUCUCUGAGCGAGAAGCCAGUGCUGUCCUGUUUACCAUAACCAAAACUGUUGAAUAUCUUCAUGCGCAAGGGGUUGUUCACAGAGACUUGAAACCUAGCAACAUUCUUUAUGUGGAUGAGUCUGGUAAUCCAGAAUCUAUUCGAAUUUGUGAUUUUGGCUUUGCAAAACAGCUGAGAGCGGAAAAUGGUCUUCUCAUGACUCCUUGUUAUACUGCAAAUUUUGUUGCGCCAGAGGUUUUAAAGCGACAAGGCUAUGACGCUGCCUGUGAUAUAUGGAGUCUUGGUGUCCUCCUCUAUACAAUGCUUACUGGCUACACUCCAUUUGCAAAUGGCCCUGAUGACACUCCAGAGGAAAUACUGGCACGAAUAGGUAGCGGAAAGUUCUCCCUCAGUGGCGGUUACUGGAAUUCUGUUUCCGACACAGCAAAGGACCUGGUGUCCAAGAUGCUUCACGUGGACCCCCAUCAGAGACUCACUGCUGCUCUCGUGCUCAGACAUCCCUGGAUUGUCCACUGGGACCAACUGCCGCAGUACCAACUGAACAGACAGGAUGCGCCACAUCUAGUGAAGGGUGCCAUGGCAGCUACAUAUUCUGCCUUAAACCGUAACCAGUCCCCAGUUUUGGAACCAGUAGGCCGCUCCACUCUUGCUCAGCGGAGAGGUAUUAAAAAGAUCACCUCAACAGCCCUGUGAAGUGACCUCAGUGAGCUAUUUGGUACCAUGGUGUAAGCUGAUAGCACAAGUUCUGGCGACAGGUAGCACAUAUCUGAGAGACACCUGCAAGCACACACUGUCCCAGCUGGUACCCACAAUGCUGCUGCUCCUGCUGCUGCUCCUGCUUUCGUCUCUUCUCGCUUUAAUGAUUGUUAGCAAGGUAGAUUUUCCUGGAGCUUCGGAUGAAAUGAAAAUGGAAACAUGAUGAAGAUAUAUUCACACAAUCAACAAGAAAAUAAUGAACAUAUGAAUACCACCUAAAAUACACUGAAUAAAGUACUUUACACCAUAUAGCAUUAUUUUUAUAGGAGAUAUUUCAUGUCCCUUCAAUAUUCUUUGUUAGUUAUAGGGAUGGACAGUUUAUGUUAAGCACUUAGCUUAAACAAUCCGUUUAUAUUAGCACUGUAUCCCUUGUGCCAUCCAACAUUUUGUAUGUUUUUGUAAACAGUUCAUAUACAGUACAUUUCUGUACUGCUUUCUUUAAUGUAUACAUGCCUUGUUUAACUUGGAAUCUAUUAACCAAUUGACUAUUAAAUCUGGUUAAAUAGUUCACCUGAAUUAGCAGUAUUGUUGGACAACCCUAAAAAAUGGCCAGAUUGUGAAACAGCUGUUGAAUGUAAUGCUUUCAAAUGUACAUAUCUUUCCCCAUGUCUGUUUCACUGGUUUGUUGGUUGGUUUGUUUCUAAAGUCAGGUGCUCUGUCAGACUAACUUAGAGAGCUGCUACGAUAGAGAAAGUUAUCAUAUGUGUUUGGCAUGAAAUCAAGAGUACAUCUCUAAAGUUAGCCCAUAUACUUUGCAACUCCUUUGGGUUCUUUUUUCCUUAAUUAAGGAAGUAGUCCUCACACUUUUAGUCUUGUAUCCACACUUAGUAUUUGGCAUAUCAUUUGGGAUUUUGCCAAUUACCUAGAAGGCCUUUAAGAAUCGUGGUAAGAGAUUGGUGAAGGGAAACUCAGACACAGGUAAUUGAAGUCCUAAUAGAUAUAGUUCAUGUUUAAAUAGAUAUUCUACAUAAACACUAAUUUGAAUGUAAUAAAGGCCACAGGCCUCUAUGAAAUUGGAUUUAAACUUUCUUAUUUUAGAGAAUAAAACAUUCUUGAUCAAACAAUAUCUGUUUGAACCUGAACUCAUGGCUAAAGUAGUCUGCGUGAACAUUAAGCAACGGGUGUUUUCUGAAUUCCUCCUGAGGAUUCUGGCCAUAUAGCACUUCCUUUGAUUUCCAAACUGCUCCAUUUUCAUAAUGGCCAUUGGGUUAGCUUGGAUGGCAGUAGUUGUUACCUAUGUCAGUUUGGCAGUUUCCACAAUUUAACUGAUGAAAUAAACUUAAGUAUCCAUUAUAAACUCUAUCUUUGCCAAGUUACCUAGUAUAUAUCACCAUGUAAUGUAAAAGAUAUAUAAGCAAGGAAAGAAUAAUUUAACUUACCUCAUCAAGAAUGUACCCAAAUAGAUCAUUCUUAGUCAUGUACUAACCCAUUCAUAUCAGAAAUCUUUUUUUCAGCCAGACAUUUUAACUCUUCCAUGGAGAGUAUAAAGCCAACAGAGAAAGCAGCUCGCCUAAAUGUCUUGAAAGCCAAUUGUUAUUCCAAAAUUUCUCCCAUGUAAUUGGAGAAGAAGGGGGGCAUCUAUAAAAUUCCUCUUGUCCAGGUGACAUAAAUGACUGCUGCAUAAAAAUCCAACCUCUAAAUGGAAAAUGUAUGCAAAGAGAAAAAUCAAAUCUAGGGAGAAGCUUUUAUUUCCCCUUGUCUAUUCGGUGUUUCAAACCAUGAUCUUCUGUAAUUCUUUGUCACUUGUUAAAUGUUAAUGUAAUGCUAAGCAAACAAAAAUCAAAAAACUUUCCAGGUUUUUGAUCCUGUUGCUACUUCACAAUUGCUUAAAUGUGUUGCCUAUAAUAUGUCUUUGGAUUAAGGUCAGCACCAUAAAUAGGCCCAGUGUUGUCACAUUGCAGUAUAAGAGGCUGAAGCCCAAAUCAAAGACUAGAAUCCUUAACUUUUCCCCAUUAGCUUUUCUUUCCCUCCCUUGUAACACCAUGCUGCCUUUCCUUCGUGGUUUCACCUGACCAGUAACUGAGUUUUAAAAAACAAAACAAAACAAAACAAAAAAAAAACUGGAUUCCUUGGGGCAGUUUGCUAGUCAUAUGGGAUAUCAUUUCUUUCUUUCAGAAUCAAAUGCCUUUUCUCUCUAGUCAAGCUGCCAGUUUUAUUGAAGAAAAGCAAAUUAUGUGUUUACAAAGCUGAAAAUGUUUUGCGUGAAAAGCAAGUUUGUGAACAUAAUUUAUUUCUUUCAUCUGUGGUUCUGGUGUUCUCAUUGCUUUUGAUUUGUAGUGGACAAGAGUGUGCUAGAAAUAGUGGUUUUGUUUGAUUCAUCUUUCCAUUCAUUUCUCAAAAUGUAUCUCUUUGUGAUGUUGAAUUGUGGUAGUGGGGCACCUGCUGGCUUCUCCCCUUCACCAGUUAGUGCUGGUGGUUACUGGGGCUUCUCUGAGGAGGUGUCAGGCCAGUCUUUCAUAUUUCACUGUGAAAGAAUGAACCCAUCAGGCCCCUUCUACAAACGUCCUCUUAGUUUAUAAUGUAGAAUAAAAUCCAAAAUAGAAGACUGCAUUUAACAUUGCCAGGCACAUACUGGGAAAUACAAGUUACACUAACCUGGGUUUUCUAUUUUCUCUUUGGAGUGAUGAUGUUAAAUUAAGGUAAGUUCUUUGUCUCCUCUCCCUCCCCACUUCUAUUUUGAAUGUUUUGAAUGUUUGAAUGAUUUCAGCUCUUUGUAAUUUAUAGAGAUGUCUUCUAAAUACAGAAGGCCUUUGAUUUUGAACAGCUUUUGAUAUAAGUGCAUUUAUUCACAAGCAACCACAAAAGUAAAAGUGUAAUGAGUUUGACAAGGCAUGAAGUUGUGCUGUUAGAGUGGUGUGGUGUGUGGGAAAAGAAACUUGCAAGUGUCUGUGGAGAGUGGGUUUGGUGAAUAUAGGGUCAAUUUUCUCAUUUCACAUACAGUGUGAUCCAAAGAGCAAGUUCAAGUCAACCCAGGCCACACUGACUUUUUAAGAAGUGGCCACUACUAAGGCCUGGGGAGGUGGAACUGUCCAGUUUCCUCUGUCAUGUAUCCUUGUCCCAGGAAAGAUUUAAACUGCAUUGGUGGAUAUAAAGGCUUCACAGAAUUCACAGAAUGAAUGUACUUGGUAGGAAAGCCCAGCCUGGGGUAAAAGAACAAAACCUUCAAGAUUUGAGGGCUUUGGUUAUACAUGUCAGCAUGACUUUGAGAUUCUCUAUUUCAUGGCCUUUAGCAUUGUCCUAAAAUUUUCAGCUCGAUUCACCAUGUUUUGUAGAGAAAAUUCUGUCUUGAGGUAUUGAGCAUUUAAUACGUUGGAAGGUAUGUUGGCUAGCUCAGGAACACAAAGGGUUACAAAAGGUCUAUGUUCUAUGAUGAACAUGAACAGAUAUCGCAAAAUCCAUGACUGACCUUGGUGCUUAAAGCUAGGGGUUUGAAUCUAGUCCUGGAGUUCUGUGUCUCCGAAAGGCCCAACUCCCUGUGACUUAACAUUAAACUGGAUAUAUAUGUUUCAGCCUCUUUAAUUCACAGCUAAGUUGACUGAACUCAGUACUAUCAUUGCAGUUAAUGAAAAUACUCCUCUUUUCAACCCAAGAUUGCUUACGUUUUGCUGGUCUCCCCCAGUGGCCAUUGGUGGAGACCAGUAUAUGAAGGAAUGAAUUUCUCUUUUCUUGGGACUGUGGUAUUCUGCAGAGUCACAUUUAACCACUUUGGAGUGAAGAAUCUACAGAACGAUAAUACUCAAAUACGGAUGGCCAAGAAGAAUUUUUGUCUUCAGUGUACUUUAUGUACUUUUAACACUGCUGUAUUCUUUGUGAUCCAGUGACUGGUUCCAAUGUGACUGAGUGUUCUCAAAGAACUCGAGUAACUAAGUCAACCUAAUUUUCUUAAGCCUGGUAUUACUGUCACGCUCAUACUUACCACUUUGAUUCCAGUCUUGCAACUGUUCGUAACAGAGCAUAGCAGAUUGGGAUGAGAGCCUACUUCCUACCUCCUAAGGCACUUUCUUUUUAUUUUGCCAUAUAACCUUGAACUGCAUGAUAAGCUGUUUAAAUGUCCAUGACUUCUCCCAGAACAAUUAGCAAAGCAUAUGGCAUUUUGACUAGAGAUUAGUGAAAAGGAAAACGUAGAGAUUUCAGUUUUAGAGGUGAAGACUUCUUUAGAGCAACAUGCCAUGUGAGUACAGUGUAUGUAAAUGCGUAUGAGAAGAGAGUUGCUGAUAUAGUCCUAAGUAGAUUAGUUCAAUAUCUAAUGGAAGUGAACAUCUUUACUCCUGUUAUCACUGUUGUACUGCGUGAACUGUAUAUUGAGUUUUUCAGACAAGGAUUUAAAAUAGAAUUUCUAAAUGCAAGUAAGGGCAUAAAGCAUAAAGAAUUCGGUUUGUGUUUCUGUAAGUGUGGCUUACCAUCUAAAGCUUUUGUUUUUUCAUUUAAAAAUAAAGGCUUCAAGUGUUGCCAUUCAUUAGCAUCCUUAAUGAUUGUGAGGGAUGAGUUUUUAACUCUUAAAUUAUAUAUAUGUAUUAGUUUUAUUUUCUCUUGCCCUAAAAAAAGAGGAAGGCAUACACCUAAGGGAUGUAAUUAUUUGGCAGUUUUGGCCAUGGGGGAUAUGGGUGGGGUCUACUUAAACAAUUUUUAAAAAAGAAAAAAAUCACAAAUAUUUUUCUACUAUUAUAUAUGAUCUUACUUUAUUACUAGUUUCUCUCAUGUAAGGCAUGCCAGAAGCCCAAAUUACCAUAUCAUGAGUUCUUAUGUAUUGUACCUUUUAUUGAUGGUAUAAAUCGCAUCAGAUGCUUGGCACUGCUGCCAUAAUUAUGAAAUGCUUGGAUCAAAUAUCACUGAAUAGUUUAAAUUGUUUUACUUUAGAAUCUAAUCUGGGAAAUUUGCAAAUCAUACUAUUAAUGUGUACUCUAAGCUCUCUCAGAUGUAUCCAUGAAUAAUCUUGGAACAAUAUUGCUUGUAUUCCUGUCAUGGAACAGGUUUUGUAAUCUUUAAAAGAAAUGAAAAUUUAUAUAAUAAAGUUUGAAAUAAAUGCAUGUAUGUCACUUUUAUCA